UGGUUUUCAAGAUGGUGGCCCUCAAUGUGCUGGUGUCCGGCUGCGGACGGCUGCUCAGAGGGCUUCUGGCAGGCCAGGCCGCGACCAGCCGGGCCCGGCCUCCAGCUCGCGGUUUCAGGGAAGUGGUGGAGAUCCAAGGAGGGAAGACAACUAUAAUUGAAGGCCGAAUCACAGGGACUCCCAAGGAAAGUCCAAAUCCUCCCAACCCCUCUGGCCAGUGCCCCAUCUGCCGCUGGAACCUGAAAUACAAGUAUACCUACGAGGACGUUCUGCUGCUCAGUCAGUUCCUCCGGCCACACGGAGGCAUGCUGCCCCGAAGGGUCACAGGCCUGUGCCAGGAAGAGCACCGCAAGAUUGAGGAGUGUGUGAAGAUGGCCCACCGAGCAGGUCUGCUCCCAAAUCACAGGCCUAAGCUUCCCGAAGGAUUUGUUCCAAAGAGCAAACCCCGACUCAACAGGUACCUGACCCGCUGGUCUCCCCGCUCCGUCAAGCCCAUCUACAACAAAGGCCACCGCUGGAACAAGGUGCGCAUGGCCGUGGGGUCCCCCCUCCUGAAGGACAACAUCUCCUACGCGGGCAGGCCUCUGGUGCUGUAUCACUGACUGAGAGCAGGGCCUCCCGAGAGCCGGCCUUGAGCUCAUCCUGCACUCCAGCCCCAUCCCACCAGGGUGGCCCGGCUCCUCCAAUGUGGAUGGCACGAGGGCUAGCAGGUCCAACACCAGUGCCCUGGGCCUGCCCCGCCACAGAGCUGGGCUCUGGGUGCAGGUGGGGCAGUCGAGUCCCCAGGCAGCUGCUGUGGUCUCGUGACUGGCCUGGGCUCAUUGCUGGUGGACAGGAGCUUUGCCCACAGGAAUGUUAUAAACCAGGCUUGUACCCAUCCACUGGGUGUGCGCCCACUGCUUGGGAAGUACAGGGGGCUCGGCCCGUUUCCGGCCAGUUACUGAGCAUUGAGUCACUGAUCUCUUGUGAUGGGCCACGUGAAUGCAACAGGGGAGUUCACGGGCCAAACAGGUUCCCUUCCUCUCUAUUGACAGCUGUUAGCUUUUCGGUCAGGGGGGCUGCAAGGAGGAGGUAAGUUAGGCUGCCCGGCCCAUGUGCAGCUCUCAUCUGAGUCCAAGAAGCUGCCCUCCUCAGAGGGCUCCUGGCUGUCACCUUCUCCCCCCCGCCAUUUCCUCCCACCAUUCUCUCUCGUUAGCACAUUCCAACCCUCUGCCACUUGCUCUAUUUGAGCUGGGCCUCUCCUCAGCCUGGACGCCACAUGGAGGUGGAGAUGAGGGGAGGCAGCAGCACAGAACAAACAGACCAAAUUCACUGGACAUUAUGAAAAUACUGUUUAGACUCUCCAGACUCCCCAGGCGGCCCUCCUACAGCAUGAACGGCAGGUCGAUGUUCUUCUCGCCAGUGCCCACGUAGAUGUAGCCAUAGUUCUUGGUGCGAGGAGCGUGGUAGAAGGUGAGGCCUGGCCAGAGCAGGCUGCGCAGCACCACCAGGGUAUUGCCUCUCUCCGUCUGGAUGCUCCAGGACCCUGAGGAGGAGCAGGAGGCAAGGCCUGGGCACUGUGGAGGCAGAGCCCUGCCGGGUAUGCAGAGGCCCCAGGCUCGGGGCCGCCAGGCCCGAGCAUUAAGGUCCAGUGGGAAAAGGGAAGACAGUUUAAUUAUCCCGGCACUUUACUCCUCCUGAUUGCCUUUGAGCCAUUUCACUGCUCAUUAAAACCACUUCCAGAGGGAGGGCAAAGGAAAUGAAAAGAGGUAAAACUCAAA